GGGUGUGAGAGGAGUGGUCUGGCUUCGCUGUCCCUUCAGUGCACGUGGGGGAGGGGCACAAAGAUGCUGAGGCUGGGCCGCACCAAGCGUGGGCCCUGGGGCACCUUCUGGGCCAUCCUGACCUUGGUGGGCCUGGCCACGCGCGCAGCCCAGAGAGCCGAUGUCGGGGGCGAGGCCGCGGGCACCUCCAUCAACCACUCCCAGGGGCUGCUCCAGCGCCUGCAGGAGCUCCUGCGGCAGGGCAACGCCAGCGACGUGGUGCUGCGGGUGCAGGCUGCGGGCACCGACGAGGUCCGCGUCUUCCACGCCCACCGCCUGCUGCUGGGCCUGCACAGCCAGCGGUUCCGGGAGCUGCUGAGCAACCAGAGCGAGGUGCUGCUGCAGGAGCCCGGGGAGUGCGCCGCUGUCUUCGACAAGUUCAUCAGGUACCUCUACUGCGGCGACCUGGUGGUGCAGCUGGCCCAGGCCAUCCCCUUGCACCGCCUGGGGGCGCGCCUGCACGGCCGCCUGCUGGUGCGCCACGCCUACAGCUUCCACCAGAGCAGCGAGGAGGUCGGCGACUUCCUGGCGCACGCGGACCUGCAGCGGCGCAACUCCGAGUACCUGGUGGAGAACGCGCUGCACCUCCACCUCAUCGUCAAGCCCGUCUACCACACCCUCAUCCGGACCCCCCAGUAGCCAAGGGGCGGGGACGGGGAACCUGGCGUCCCAGGCGCUUCGGGGCUGGGAAAUAAAGGCCUGGCAUCGUGGCCGGGGGACUGGCAGGGGCGCUGCAAGGGGAGGUGCCGACACUGCCCCCUGAAUAACCAGGUGCUGGUGACGGCCGAUGGAGCCCAGGUGAGGAGUGGUAGACCAGAUGCCUGUUUUCAGCAGCUGAUUCCACAACUGACUUGCAGAUGAUACUUUUGGUUGAAAUAAACAGAUGCUCAGA